GGGACAGCAUCAGUGUACAGCAGAAACCUCCGAUCCAGGUUGCACUGCUCAAUGAAGGAAUAUCCAUCCCCUGUGAAGUCAUCUUCCCUUACAUGCCGAAAUACACCAGAUUUUCAAUCUUCUACUACUGGAUUAAUUCACUGGGCCAGAAAACCUCCAUCUACAGUAGGACGGAAAAUGUAGUCAUCCCUUCUGGAAAGGAGAAUAAGACUGCUACCAUAUCUUACAACCACAGAAUCAAGCUGCUUGAAAACACCUCUUCCACUGGCACGUACUACUGCAAGGUCGAAUGGAACGGCAUCCAGAAAACAGGAAAGGGAGUGUUUGUCCUUGCUAGAGGUACAGGGUAUGUAAAGGCCUCUUAUGGGUGGACAAUCCUCAUUACCGUUACUGCUCUGCUUGCUACAUUGAGCAUCGCCGCAACAGCUCUGCUUCUGUGGAAACGGAAGGUGUUGUGCCCUAGAAGGAACCAGAUAAAUAUUCUGAAACAGAAAGUGGAAACGCAGCCUUCUUCAGCCAGCCCACCACCACCGCCACCACCACCUCCUGUCUAUGAUUGCCUGGAUUUGCAGCAAGUUGACGUCUAUUCUAUCCUCGAGAACAACACUAACGACCAGACACCCAGAAGGACUCCUUCAGGGAAGACACCUAAGAAGCAAGGAAGUCUAGAAGAAUCCUUUGAUACUUUGUAUGAGAAUAUCUAA